AUGUUUAGGUAUUUAAAUAAAAAAUGUAAGAUAUAUAAUUCAUUGAACUUUUUGAAAGAUUAUAAGUUAUACUUUUCUUCUACUGAAUCAGAAAAUAAAAAAAGUAAUUAUAAAGAAAUAAUAAUAGAAUCUGAAAAAAAUAAAAAUGUAAAAGACAAAAUUUUACAUUUAAGUAAUGAUGCUAUAAAUAAAAUGAAAGAGAUAAAUUUAAAAUAUAAAAAUUCUAAGGCAUUAAAAAUUUGUGUGGAAGCUGGUGGAUGUUCUGGUUUUAAAUAUUCUUUUUCAUUAAUUGAUAAAAAUCAAAUAAAAGAAAAAGAUGUAAUUGUAUAUGAUAAGGAAUGUGUUAUAACAAUUGAUAAGGAAGCUGUUGAAAUUUUAAGAAAUAGUAAAAUACAUUACACUAGCAACCUUAUUUCAAAAAAAUUUACUAUUGAAAACAUACAAAAUGUUUCAUCAAAAUGUUCCUGUGGUAAUUCAUUUGAUAUUAAUUUAUGA